AUGUCUCAAGCCGCCGGCGUGGCGUUCGACCCUACCAGUAAUCAAAUAGUAGAGGACCUAACGGACGCGGAAUAUGGCUUCCUCCUUAAUCAAGCUAUAGGGCUUGAAACAAUCCCCAACGAUAUAAGAGUCUGGGAUCGAUAUCUCUUCUCCAAGUGCACCACAGCUAUUCAAGCAUGGUGUCUUGUGCAGAUUUAUGUUAUACUGAGAAUGUUAAAAGUCGACUUUAUAAUAGUCGGCCAAUGGUGUAAACAGGGAAAUUUUGUCGAGAAAGCCUUAUACAAAUCGAGGGAAUCACCAGUCCUUGUUGAAAAAUUUGCCAGGUUGAACCUUAAUCCAAUCGAACUAAUUGAGCAGAACAGAAACGCGUUUUCCAGGCCCAGAGGGUUUAUUGAUACUUCAGCACUUAAUAAACCACAAAUUCAGAAGAAGUGGCUUGAACAAGCCAUGCAGUGUGCUCGAAGUCGUUUGGCUGGUAAUGAACUUGAUGGACUGGAUAUGCAAAAGGCUUAUUUUGCUCUGGGCAUGAUAGUAUUUCAAAUGAGACCUUCGCCCGAAUAUCUGUGGGUUAACAAAACCAUUGACAUUUGGUAUGACAUGGGAUUUGCUGUUGUCUUUGACCCAGACGGUCCGACGUAUCUGCAAGGCAUGUACGAGUCCAUUUUUCGAAAGGAUUUCGGUAUCCCUUUUCAGUCUUUUGCAAAGUUCUAUGAACAUUGGACACGCGGGACUUUUGCCCAGAGUUUUGAGGACUGUGUCCAGACACGCGAGACUUCUCAGCGAAAGUUCAAGCUAUGGGUUGAAUUAUGGCCAUUCGAAGAUUUGAAGGGCUUCCAUAAGGCGAGGGCCGAGAAGAGAGAAGAGAGCGUUUGGCGAUUACGUCAACUGUUAGAUAGUAAUAUAGAGAACAAGAAAGAGGAUUUUCUGGGACCCGGAAAAGAACUGUUGAAGGCCUGGAAAGACUAUGGAAUUUGUCCAGGGGACUGGGCAUACCAACGAGCUAAAAAGAACAAGUUUACCAUUGAUAAAUAUACUCAAAAGAGGAAACAGCUCUAUCAGAACCUCUUGAACGCCAAAAAGGACCCGAAAGAAUUGCAUUGGGCCAUGGAAGCGAAUUCUAUACGAGAUUAUGUAAAAGAAACCUUGAGUCUUCCCGCAGAAGAUGUUAUAUUUCUUCCAUAG